AUGGCAGCAGACGCGGAUGCAAUGGAAAUGCGUGGUCUGCUGAGGUUACGACUGCCCGGUGGUGGCCCCGGAGCUAAGAGCGGGCCUGAGCCUGAGGACGUCUUCUAG